AAAUAACCGAAAUCAUACCAUCUUAAUCAUGCCUUUUACAAUAAUCGUUACUGUCAAGCGCAAGGCCGGUACUACACCGCAGCAAUUCCGCGACCAUUAUAACAACGGCCAUGUCCCCCUAGUAAAGAGACUCACCGGCUCAACAUGGCCCAAGCACACACGACAGUUCGUCAUUCGAAAUGAAACGAAACCAGCAAACCCCGACGCAGACAAGACCUCUAAUGAGGUAUGGCAGUCUGAAGUACUAAGGGGCAGUCCUUCCAAUGUUGACUUCGACUGCUUGACAACUAUGGUAUGGGAAGACAGAGCUGCGUGGGAUCGCUUCUUGCAGAAGUUCUACGAACACUCCGAGGAGAUCCUCGCAGACGAAUUAAGCUUCGCUGAGCCAUUUGAGAUCAUCUGUGUCGAGGAACCUGUAACUACUGAUCGCGACUAAGCGGCUUCGACGAAUCUCGCUUGGAUAGGGGUUAAGGGAUACUGUACUGUGUCCUCGGGCUGGAUGGAGGGCUGGGUUUCUAUUUACUUAAUGUAUCACGAAUAUCUCGAUGGCGAGAAUCGCCACCUCAUGAAUGAAAUGUUCAAGAACACACAGGAAAUUUUCAUAAUUUUACGCUAGGAAAGGUCUACGCAACUUGGUGGCACGUACAUCCCGAUGUAUCGUUUAUUGGUGGGUGGUACGGCAACUGUACAGGGAUAAUUUGUGCAUUUCUGCUCAAAAAUGGAC